AUGCUCUGGCGCCGUUCCUCCUCCUGGGCCUUCCCCGCCCUCGUCUCUCUCUGCCUCGUGCUGUUGACAUGGCCGGCGACCUUGCGCACGACGGCCUCGGUCACUGCGGAUGCGGUCAAUCUGGCGGCCAGGGCAGACCCGACGCGCAAGGACAACGGCUUGACUGAUGUCGUCCAGUGGGACAACUACACCAUCUUCCUCCACGGGCAACGCACGUUCAUCCACUCUGGAGAGUUCCACACUUUCCGUCUUCCGGUGCCGGACCUCUGGCUCGACAUCUUCCAAAAAUUUGUCGCCGCGGAUGCUUCUUAUAUCAUAGUGGGCGCGACGAACCCCGCUCCUGGUGUACUCGACUUUGACGACUGGCGUGCCUUGGCACCCAUGUACGACGCCGCCAAGCUCGCUGGUAUUCUCAUUGUACUUCGCCCUGGUCCUUACAUCAACGCAGAGACGACCGCCGGAGGUAUCGCCCACUGGGCAACCAGCAAGGUUGCGGGCACGCUGCGGACGAACGUGAGCGACUGGAACGCGGCCUACGAGCCGUACAUCGACGGCAUCAUCAAGGAGACCCUGCCGCACCAGGUCACUGCUGGAGGUCCUGUCCUGGACAACGAAUAUUCACAGAACCCUGCACCACGGGCUCAGUACUUUGCUAACCUCGAGGCACAGUACCGCGAUGGUGGCAUCGUUGUCCCUCUGACGUACAACGACCCCAACGAGGGCCGCAACUUCAUCAACGGCACCGGCGCCGUCGACAUCUACGGCUUGGAUGCAUACCCCCAGAACUUCGACUGCUCGAACCCGACGCACUGGAGCCCGGUCGUGACCAACUACCACGACUACCACGAGACGAACAACCCCGGCCAGCCAUGGUACAUGCCCGAGUUCCAGGGCGGCGCGUUCGACCCCUGGGGCGGCCCCGGCUACGAGGCGUGUGGCGUCCUCACGGGCCCCGACUUCCAGGACGUGUUCUACAAGCACAACUGGGCUGCGAACGCCAAGCUGCUCUCUUACUAUAUGGUAUACGGAGGCACGAGCUGGGCGGCAUUCCCGUUCCCUGGGGUGUACACUAGCUACGACUACGGCUCGGCUAUCCACGAGACGCGCGGGCUCUCUGCGAAGUUCGACGAGCUUAAGCGACAGGGCCUUUUCCUGCGUUCGUCGCCCGAGUUCCGCAAGACGGACUGGAUCGGAGACUCGACGACCGGUGCGCCAGGAUUCACCCUCAGCAACAGCGCCGCAUUCGCGACGUUCCUCAAGAACCCCGACACCGGCGCUGGGUUCUUCAUCACGCGCCAGCUCGAUUCGACGUCGACCGCGAGCAUCUCCUUCAACAUCACCGUCCCCACCUCCAAGGGCACGCUCACGCUCCCCCAGACGACGGCCGGCAUCGCGCUCGACGGGCGACAGAGCAAGGUGAUCGUCACCGACUACACCUUCGGCGCGCGCGGGUCCGUCCUCUACUCCACCGCCUCCAUCUUCUUCGCCGGCACCAUCGGCGGGCGCGACGUGCUCUUCCUCUUCGGCGACGCCGACCAGUCGCACGAGGCCGCCCUCACGCUCACCGGCUCCGGGGCGCGCGCGCAGUCCGCCUCCGUCAAGUUCUCCACCUCGCCCUCCGCCGCCGCGCGCGGGAUCUCGACCGUGACCGUGCUCGCGGGCAGCACGGGGCUCGUCACGCUCUGGGACUCGGACACGCAGCUCGUGCUCUUCGCGGACCCGACGACCGCCGCGACGUUCUGGGCGCCGCACAUCGCGACCAAGUCCGCGGGGACCGUGCCCGGGUUCGAGCACUUCUGGCAGUGGGGCACGAACACGACCGUGCUCGUCGGCGGGCCGUACCUCGUGCGCAACGCGUCGCUCGCCGAUGGCGGCCGCACGCUCGCGCUCCGCGGGGACCUCAACGCCUCCGUCCCGCUGACCGUCAUCGCCCCCGCGAGUGUGAGUGCGGUGACGUGGAACGGGGCGCGCGUGGAGGGCCUGCGCGCGACGACGAGUGCGCGCGGGCGGGGCGGGUUCCUCAGGGGCCAGCUCGCGGAGCGUGCGGCGGUGCGGGGCGUGCAGGUGCCGAAGCUGAGCGGGUGGCAGUUUGCGGACAGUCUGCCGGAGGUGGCGGGUGGGUUCGACGACUCGGCGUGGGUGGUGGCGGACCAUACGAGCACGAACAUCUCGCGGAAGCCGUUGUUUGGCGACGGGCGCGUGCUGUUUGGGUGUGAUUAUGGCUUCUGCGAGAACAACGUGCUGUGGCGCGGGCACUUCAACGCGACUGGCUCUGAGACGUCCGUCAACCUGACUAUCAACGGUGGCAGCUCAUUCGCGGCCUCAGUCUGGAUCAACGACCAGUUCAUCAGCACCGUCUACAACGGCGCGGACCAGAUCAACGCUCUGUUCACGUUCCCGGCUGGAUCAGUGAAGGCCGGCGAGGACAACGUCGUCACCGUUCUUCAGGACAACAUGGGCAACGACGAGGACUCGAAUGAGAAAUCCGCGCGUGGCAUCCCCGGCUUCAAACUGAACACUGGCAACUUUACAACCUGGAAAGUCCAAGGCAAAGUCGGCGGCUACGAGAACUUCCCCGACAAGGUGCGCGGCGUGAUGAACGAGGGCGGCCUCUUCGCCGAGCGCGAGGGCUGGCACCUGCCCGGGUUCGACCUCGCCUCGGCGGGCUUCACCGCGCGCGACCUCUCCGCGGGCCUCCCCAGCGGCGGCGCGGGCGUAGGGUUCUUCGUCACGACGUUCGAUCUGGACCUGCCCACUGGCACGGACCCGCAGUUCAGCUUCGUGUUCGACGGCGGGGUGGGCAAGACGGGGCAAGCGUACCGUGCGCUGUUGUUUGUGAACGGGUGGAAGUUCGGCAAGCGUGUGGCGAAUGUCGGCCCGCAGGCAUCGUUCCCGGUUCCCGUUGGUAUCGUGGACCCCAAUGGCAAGAACACCGUCGCGGUCGCGCUCUGGGCAUUGAACGGCACCGCGGUCACCCCCACUCUGGACCUCGUAGCCGACGCGAUCAUCGACGGCGGUGUCGGCCACGUCGCGACCAACAACCCGGUGUGGACGUCGCGUUCCUGA